AUGUCCUCAUGGACCUCCUUGGCUGUUAAGUCCUUGAGACUGAGCCCAACCGGUGUUCACUUCACUCGGGUGCCGCUCGUUCUGUACCACGAUGGGUCUCUAACGCACGUGCAACCCACGUCCAUCAAGAGUCGGUGCUCCAUUGACAAGCAUCGCCCGAACGACAGCUUCACGUGCAAACUCAAGUUCGGUUCGUGGACAUACGACGGCAACAUGUUCGACAUUAAGAUGAAGGCUGGUGAACGCGGUUUCGAUAUGACACUGUUCCAGCAGAAUCCGAACUACGCCGUGAUCAGCACGAACUCCACCCGUCACGUCGAGUACUACCCGUGUUGCGCCGCGAGCCCUACGUCGACAUCACGUUUGAAAGUUACCUUACAGCGAAGACAAUGGUUGAGAAGAAACAGAUGUCCUCCUAUCAUCUUCAUUUCUACCCCACCCAGGGCGCGUGUGCAUCAGCAUUAG